AUGGGUUCGAACCGUAAUGUUAUUGAACAUAUAGUUUUUGAGUGGCCUUUGCAGGUGAGCGAAAAGACUGAGAUGAGCGUGACAGUGAAGUUCCCAAGCAUGACGUCUGUGUGUAGAUUCUUCCAAGGCGGAACCAGUGAGGAAUCGAAAGACCAGGAGUAUCCUGCACUCGACGACAGUUUCGUGAUGGGAGUAAAAUUGGCCGGAAAAGUGCUUCACCGGCAGAUCCCAUCCGAGGAGUUCCAUGAGCAGAGGCGAUCAAAGGGUUUCUGGCUUGUGUCACCUCACGCAACUGGUGGGGAUACCUUCUCAAGCCCACCUUCUCUGUCAGCGUUUGGGGACGGGAGUUCUAAGAGCGGUUCUUGCCUGUCUGAACUGAAGUGUACCGGAAUGACUCAGUGGGGUGUAAGGAGACAAGUGAACUUCAUCGAUAGGCAUGGAGCGAACACCCUGCGAGAUUCAUCGGAGCAUGUUAAAGAAGAAAAAAAUGCAAAUGAAGAAGGUGAAGAAGACGACACUUUGACAGGAGAACCGCACGAGGGAUCCAAAAAAAGCCGGAAGAGAAAACGAGAUGGCUCUAGCCGAUUGCAGCACGUAAGAACAAUGGGGACGGAUCAGAAGCAAAAACAAAUCUGCGUUUACAGUAAGAACAAACAGAAAGUGUUGAAAAGCUCCAAAGACAGAUGGUCUGCAGAGAGAUACAAGCUGGCGGAGAAGAACAUGUUGGAGAUACUGAGGGCGAAGGGGGCAAUAUAUGGGAAUCCAAUUCUGCGGCCUGCUCUGAGGGCGGAGGCUAGGAAGAAGAUUGGGGAUACGGGGCUGCUGGACCACCUACUGAAGCACAUGGCGGGGAAGGUGGCGCCGGGAGGGAGCGAGCGAUUCCAGAGACGGCACAAUGCGGAUGGGGCAAUGGAAUACUGGUUGGAGAGCGCCGAUCUGGUUCUUAUUAGGAAGGAGGCUGGGGUUGAAGACCCUUACUGGACUCCGCCGCCGGGAUGGAAGCCUGGGGAUAACCCCACUCAGGACCCCGUAUGUGCUAGAGAACUGAAGCUGCUCAGGGAAGAGAUUGCUCAGAUGAAGAGAGAUAUGCAGGGGCUGGUAUCCAAAAAGCAGGAAGAUAGCCAAUUAGCUAUUGUGACUCAGAAUUCUUCUGCUACAGACCAGAACUCGGAAACUAACAGUUCAUUAAUAGUUCCAUUAAAGGAUAAGUAUGAAGAAUUGGUGAAGAGGAAAGCAAAGAUUGAGGAACAACUGUUGGAAAUAUCAAAUUCUUUAAGCGCCUUGGAGCUGGAGAUGGGAAUGCUAACGCCUAAGAAGGUAGUGGAGGAAUCAAGCAGCUGCAGGUUACAAUCAUCAGCAAUAAUAUUGUGUAGGAGUACAGGUGGAGGAGCGGACAAACAGAGGGACUUAGGAGAUCAUCACCAAGCAGACGGCAGCAGGAAUUACAGAGUGGAAACGUCAGUAGUAGCGGAAAACGAUAAGAAAGGAGGAGAUGGAGAUGGAUCAGAUGGGGAUAAAAAAGGCAAAGAAGAAGUAGAGAAUGAAGAAAAGGGGAUAAUAAUAUGGACAAACAGUACUAAAUCUAAUGAUCAUAAGCAUAAUGAAAGCAAAAAUGGGGAAGAAGAAGACGACAAGGAAGCAAAGAGACAGAGGCUCAGAAGCGGGUUCAGGAUAUGUAGGCCGUAUGGGACGUUCCUCUGGCCAAGCACCAGUACUGCCACCGCCGCUGCCUCUGCUACUAACAGUACUACUACCUGCAGCCCAUCCGAUAACAAGUCCCAGCAGCAGGUGGUGGUGGUCCCUGUCGAGGACCACCUCAUGGUCCCUUCCCCUCCCACCUCCGCCUCCUCUUCCGGCGCCCCACCCCGCCUCUUUUCUCCACCUCCUCUUCCGCCCCAAUAUCACAACCGCCCACCCAAACCCAUGGAUAGGCUUUGCCCCGUCAGGCCGCUCGCCGAGCGCCGGGCCGUCAAAGUCACCAUCUCCACCGUGGCCCCCGCAGCUUAUUACCUUUCCCAACUCGCGGAUAUUGGUCAUGAUCAUGACCAUGGCACACCCGGUUCUGCUACUUCUGCUUCUACAAGAUUAAGCAACGCCGCGAUGGGGAAAAAGUCGUCGCUUAUCAACCUGAACGAGGUUCCCACCACGAUGACCACCGCCACCUCCCCCACCGGAUUGCUUCGCGGGUCCCAAUCUCACACACAUCACGCUACUGUCCCCACCGCUCCCGCCCCCCCACGUUUGCUACCGUGCACAGAAACGCAGGGGAUGAAAGCGUGGGAGGUGCAUAGCAGGGGAUACGCCGCUGCCUCCUGCGUGGCAGGGGGAGGGGACACGUGGCUUGCAUUGGCUACACCCAGCAGUACUUCGGUGGACAAUUCCAACCGGGGCUAA